GCCAUGAUUAGUGUGGUUUGGUGUGGUUUAAUAUUGGAUCUAACAUGAAUUUCAUCACGUCAUUUCUUUAGUUGAACAAAUGUUUGUUAGUAACCCGGGUAGCAUCACAUUAAUGUCUACAAGAACAAGAAGACAAGGGUUAAAAUAUAGAAUAAUAUUGUAUUGUAUAGUUUGUAUAGUUGUUGUGUGUACUGAGUUGAUCACUGCUCCAAGUGCACAGUUUAAAUCAAGUGCACAGCUGCUGUGAUAAACAUGUCUUAAAUUUUCCAUGAUGUCAUUUUUAAGGGGAAAAGAGUUUAGAGCUUAAAGGCUUUUGUUAAGACACAUUCAAUCCCUUAUACCUAAGAUUCUCAUUACCCAAGUUUAACACUUAUAUUUAUAUUCACUUUUACAGCCGUUGACAGGGACUUUUAUCCAGAGUGACUUGCCACUGGAGAGCUAUAAAACACAACAAUACCAAAAGAAGGUUUAGUUACAUAUUGAUAUUAUUAACACUGUAAUAUAUUCCAAGGAAAAAAGGACAUGGGCCAAGGCAACAAGAGUUCCUCAAGACUGAGGGCAAUUAAAAAUAUUCAUAUUUUUAUUUACAAAAUGGUUUUCAUGAGAGUGAUUUUUCUUGGUGGAAGAUUAAGUUGUUUUUCCCGUUGUCUGAGACACACGACUGUGAGAAAUGUUGAUUUUACAGGAUGUUUGUGUAUUUUAGCAGGGAGGUAGCUGUACGUAUUAAAUAAACAGUGCAGUUAUUGUUUGCCUUAUCUUAUAGCAGCAUGUGGGAUGGUGAACUCUGAAAUGGAGGUGAACUUUGAUCAGCUGAUCACCACUUUUGUGUGUGUGUGUGUGUGUGUGUGUGUGUGUGUGUGACUCCUGCUAAAUGCUGUGCAUAACCAAAACUGAAAGUAGUGGUUGAGUCCAUUAGCCGUCUUUAGGGACAGUCUCAAGGAAACGAGAAGCACAAACAACCACAACGAUUCUGAAAGGCUCGUUAUCAGUCUUCCUCCAGAAUGCUUCAAGGAACAAAAACACGGGUUUUCUCAAUCAAUGAAAGUAGGAAAUUCUUGGAUGUCCAAAGUAAGAUUGAGGAACGGUUGAAGAAACGCCUUCAGCUCCAUCAAGUGGAUUCAGAGGAUUAUUGUGAUGUCAUCAUGGCUUUUGUACCCAUUGUGUCCCGGGCUGGAACAGACAUUGAAGCUGCUCUUCAAAAUAUUCCAACAAAUCGGCCUGUCAUCCUCGUGGUGCUCCACCACACGUUUGAUGAAAAUUACAUUGCACCACAGAGCAAAAGGUGUGUGAAUAGGGAUGGUGUAUUUGCUGCAGACUUCCUCUGUCAUGAAGAUAAGGGACUGCUGGAAUGCUUGACCAAUGAGGAGGCACUGAAAUCCGUCAGUGAUCAUCUGGUCUCUAUGGACCCCAGUACCCCGCUUAUACCAGUUAAUCCACGGCCACCCCGAAGACGUUCCAUCUGUUUGGGUGUCUUUGCUUUUCUUGUUGUUGUUGUUAUUAUUGCGCUACUUAUUUAUUUCAUUCAGAAAAGUCACGGACAUGGUGACACUCAAACUACGGUGAUACCUCCUAUAACUGUAACUACACAUCAGCCUAACAUAACUGAAACUACACAGCAGUCUAACAUAACUGAAACUACACGCAGUCUAACAUAACUGAAACUACACAGCAGCGUAACAUAACUGAAACUACACAGCAGUCUAACAUAACUGAAACUACACAGCAGCGUAACAUAACUGAAAUUACACAGCAGCGUAACAUAACUGAAACUACACAGCAGCGUAACAUAACUGAAACUA